AUGGCUGCUGUUCGCUCGUCUUCCCGACAACACCCACACUCUCGCCUCAGAUCCUCCUCUGACCCCUUCACUGACCCCCAGCCCCGCCAGAAACACCCAAAGCCGCCCCCGCCGCCCCCAAAGGCUUCCCAGUCCUCAAGGAUGCCUGCUGCAGUCCCAAAGAGUGCCCCAACAUCAAGAGAUGGCUAUGGCACUGAUAUCACAGACGCCGUCCGCGACACCGUCACCCUCAAGUCCCAGGAGCCCGCCUCCCGUGCAAAGCCCUCCCGCACACACACAACCGCCCCUGCCGCGAACACAUCAACUCGUCCAGCCGGCCGUAGAUCACAGUCCGACGACUCCGCCAACAUCGUCGAAAAGCCUCGCUCAAACGGAAAAUCUCGCCCCAAGAAGGGCUCGCAGCACGCAGAUGUCAUAGACCGCCUCGACUUCACAGGCGUGGGUCCAAUGUUCCAUCACGAUGGUCCAUUUGACGCAUGCGCCCCUUCCCGCAACAAGCAUCGCAACAAAGCCCCAAUGUAUGCAUGGGGCACCACCGACCCAGCUGGCGCUGCCCCACAGUAUGGCGACAGUGCUUAUCCGUCAGCCCAUGCUUACAAGGCCUUCACCAACGACUACCCUGAGCCCCCCAAGAAAAAAGUCGAUGCCAUUGCAGAGGCUUGGGGCAUCCACGAACCCGAGCCCUUCGAGGAAUUUUUCGCAGGUGGAGGAUCUGCCAAACCCGAUGGAGACACCCCUGCAAGUUCCAUCUACAAUGGCAGGGACUCACAUUCCUCACGCAGCAACAAUGCCGCGAGGCGUACCAAGGACACCCGCGAAUCCCGGGAUGAGAGGGCUCGGAUGGUCGUUCGCCGUUCUGGCGUACCACCACCCCAGCCUAUCUUUGUAGGCGAAGCAGCCGAUAUGGAGGCGCCUACGGGCUCGCCUCCGGCUUCCUCCCCAGGCUUCCCGAAACGUUCCAAGUCGCUCAUGCACCGCAUCCGUAAGAUGCGAGAUGCACCAAACGUCCCUGUUGGACCCGAUUACGAGCAACCCCCCUCCCCGACGUCCCCUACUGACCCCGCUCGUCCAACACAUCGAUCCCAGAACUCGUUCUUGGGCCGCUUCGCUGGUGGCGGGCCCAAAGCAAGCCAAGCUCCACCGAUGACAACGACAGCGACAGAACCGUUUGUGCUCAUUGAAACCAAUCAGAACAACAAGGAGCUCCCUCCACCACCCCCGAACAAUGAGACAACACCCCCUGGCGAGUAUUAUUCAACAGGAUACUUUGAUACUCCAGGUGGAUCCGGAACUUCGCCUGGAGGUGGGCUCGGACGGAAGACUAGCUUGAUGAAGAAGGUCGGGCGCGUCGUGCGAGGCACCAAGUAA